AUGGUUCUCUUCUCUACUCUGGAUGUAAUUGACAACACUGGGGUCCUGCGUGAUGGGCUGUCCAAAGACAUGCCUGAAGAGACACCCGGUAGGGCUAGAUGGGUAUAGGAGGAUAACAUUGUGGAGGAAGAAAGAGGAAUUUUUGGAAUGGAAAGUUUUUGCAUUGGAUAGCAAAGCCGUUUAAAAGUUAAAGACUACCCCCUUUGGUGAAAUGCACUGUGCUUAGGUGUGACAUUUUAAAUGAAUUAAUAUGAACAUGUUUUUUGUUGUUUUUCCCGCAGUGAGAAGCCUUCAAGGUUUUCCAAUGGCAGACAGCAUAAACAAAAAUAUAUUGUAUGAGAUCAGCAGAAGAUCACUGCCUGUUCUGUGAAAGAGCUCUCUGACGUGGUCAUUAUGGAUAGUCUAUCUGAGUACUGUUAUUAUGGAUGGUCUAUCUGAGUACUGUUAUUAUGGAUGGUCUAUCUGAGUACUGUUAUUAUGGAUGGUCUAUCUGAGUACUGUUAUUAUGGAUGGGUCUAUCUGAGUACUGUUAUUAUGGAUGGUCUAUCUGAGUACUGUUAUUAUGGAUGGUCUAUCUGAGUACUGUCAUUAUGGAUGGUCUAUCUGAGUACUGUUAUUAUGGAUGGUCUGUCUGAGUACUGUUAUUAUGGAUGGUCUAUCUGAGUACUGUUCUUAUGGAUGGUCUAUCUGAGUACUGUUAUUAUGGAUGGUCUGUCUGAGUACUGUUAUUAUGUUAUUGUGGAUGGUCUGUCUGAGUACUGUUAUUAUGGACGGUCUGUCUGAGUACUGUUAUUAUGUUAUUAUGGAUGGUCUGUCUGAGUACUGUUAUUAUGUUAUUAUGGAUGGUCUGUCUGAGUACUGUCAUUAUGGAUGGUCUGUCUGAGUACUGUUAUUAUGGAUGGUCUGUCUGAGUACUGUUAUUAUGGAUGGUCUGUCUGAGUACUGUUAUUAUGGAUGGUCUAUCUGAGUACUGUUAUUAUGGAUGGUCUAUCUGAGUACUGUCAUUAUGGAUGGUCUAUCUGAGUACGGUUAUUUUGGAUGGUCUAUCUGAGUACUGUUAUUACGGAUGGUCUAUCUGAGUACUGUUAUUAUGGAUGGUCUAUCUGAGUACUGUUAUUAUGGAUGGUCUGUCUGAGUACUGUAUUAUUAAUAGGACCUAUCUGAGGUAUGAUAUGGAGGUCCCCAUUUUGAACCGCCAUUAUGAAUUUCAUCGCCUAGGGAUUGGGAGGUCUAAUCCUCCACUCUAAAUCCCCCACCGCCAAAAACACCAAUCCCUCACGGGAAAAGACGAGAACAAAAGAGAGAGCAAAAAUCGAAAAAAAGAAAGAGAAACCCACCCCAUUUAGCCCGAUCCCCAACAAAAAUAAUCUACCAUCCGAAUCUCUACCUCCAGCAACCAAGAGUCGAACAAAGCCAUCGAAAAGCCCCACUCUGACAGAGCUUCUCCCCCCACCCUCCAUCUGCUCGCAUCUCCCCUAUCUCAUCUCUAACCAUCCUCAUUUAACCCAUCCCUCCACACCACCCAAUCCUUUCCGUAGAGAGAUGGAGGAAAGUCAGCUAGAUUAACGGGGUUUUCAUGACCCAGCAGGUUUGGACAGAUCGUUUUAGAAUGACGUUAUUAAUGGCUGAAGCCACUCACAUUAUUCUCUCUCUGUUCUGUCAGAGCAACUUCUAAUGAGUGUGGAACAGAGGGGACAGGUUGAAAGAGUGUGGACUUCUGGGAGUUUCAGGAGUGUGGUGUGUGUUAGACCUAUGGACGCUCUUCUAGUUGAAUCCCCAGUGAGUAAUCAGUUCCUCAACCCAGUCCUGCUGAGACGGACUGCUUCCCCUCAACACACACACACACAAACACACAAUUUGAGAGACACUGCUAAUGCUUCCCACGCCAUCUCUCCCUGGGACUCUACCGUUCUCCCAACUCUCCAUCUCUCCCUGGGACUCUACCGUUCUCCCAACUCUCCAUCUCUCCCUGGGACUACCUUUCUCCCAACUCUCCAUCUCUCCCUGGGACUCUACCGUUCUCCCAACUCUCCAUCUCUCCCUGGGACUCUACCGUUCUCCCAACUCUCCAUCUCUCCCUGGGACUCUACCGUUUCUCCCAACUCUCCAAUUCUCCCUGGGACUCUACCGUUCUCCCAACUCUCCAUCUCUCCCUGGGACUCUACCGUUCUCCCAAUCUCCAUCUCUCCUGGGACUCUACCUUUCUCCCAACUCUCCAUCUCUCCCUGGGACUCUACCGUUCUCCCAAACUCUCCAUCUCUCCCUGGGACUCUACCGUUCUCCCAACUCUCCAUCUCUCCCGGGACUCUACCUUUCUCCCAACUCUCCAUCUCUCCCUGGGACUCUACCGUUCUCCCAACUCUCCAUCUCUCCCUGGGACUCUACCUUUCUCCCAAACUCUCCAUCUUCUCCCUGGGACUCUACCGUUCUCCCAACUCUCCAUCUCUCCCUGGGACUCUUACCUUUCUCCCAACUCUCCAUCUCUCCCUCGGACUCUACCGUUCUCCCAACUCUCCAUCUCUCCCUGGGACUCUACCGUUCUCCCAACUCUCCAUCUCUCCCUCGGACUCUACCGUUCUCCCAACUCAGAGGGAAGAGGGAAGAGGAAGGAGGAAAAGCUAUCUAUCUCUCUUUCUUUCACUCUUUCUCUCUCUUCCAUUCACAAAUCCUUUAGAAACGAUAGUGUAUAGAGUUAGUUGCUGGGUAAUCUCUUCUCACAGCCGUGGAGGCCACAGAUUAGUUACUGAGCGGUAUCCCUGUGUUUCCUGGCCCCUCCAGGUGUGGAGGCCCCAGAUUAGUUACUGAGCGUUAUCCCUGUAUUUCCUGGCCCCUCCAGGUGUGGAGGCCCCAGAUUAGUUACUGAGCGGUAUCCCUGUGUUUCCUGGCCCCUCCAGGUGUGGAGGCCCCAGAUUAGUUACUGAGCGGUAUCCCUGUGUUUCCUGGCCCCUCCAGGUGUGCACUGUGACGGUGUGUGUGUGGAGGGCCGAUGGGGCCCAGACUGCUCCUACUCCUGUACCUGUGAGAACGGAGGCUCCUGCUCACCAGAGGACGGAACGUGUGUGUGUGCUCCCGGAUACAGAGGCACCUCCUGCAGACGCAGUAAGAGAACAACAACCCACACGCACAUACGCCUGCACACACACACACACACACACACACACACACACACUAACACUCUUACUCAGUCACUCAGUCACUCACUCACCCUCUCUCUCACACACACACACACGAUAAUCAGCAGCUAGUGAAGUGAAAUGGCCUCUCUGACAUGUGUGUAUUUGCAUAUGUGUUCCUACAUAUACUUAUGUGUGUGUGAGCCUACGUAAAUGUCUGUGUAUGUGAGCCUACGGAAAUGUCUGUGUGUGUGAGCCCACGUAAAUGUCUGUGUGUGUGAGCCUACGUAAAUGUCUGUGUGUGUGAGCCUACGUAAAUUUGUCUGACCUGUAAACCCCUCCUCUCAUUACACUGAGACAGAGCAGGAAGGAAACAUCAGUCUGACCUGUAAACCCCUCCUCUCAUUACACUGAGACAGAGCAGGAAGGAAACAUCAGUCUGACCUGUAAACCCCUCCUCUCAUUACACUGAGACAGAGCAGGAAGGAAACAUCAGUCUGACCUGUAAAACCCCUCCUCUCAUUACACUGAGACAGAGCAGGAAGGAAACAUCAGUCUGACCUGUAAUCCCCUCCUCUCAUUACACUGAGACAGAGCAGGAAGGAAACAUCAGUCUGACCUGUAAACCCCUCCUCUCAUUACACUGAGACAGAGCAGGAAGGAAACAUCAGUCUGACCUGUAAACCCCUCCUCUCACCACUUAGAGAAACAUCAAUGCAAACUAAUUAAGAGCUUAAGGAAGACAUAUGGCCUGAGUGGCACAGGCUGCGUCCCCAAUGGCACCCUAUUCCCUAUAUAGUGCACAAUACCCAAUGGGCCCUAUAUAGUGCACAAUACCCAAUGGGCCCUAUAUAGUGCACUAUAGUGCCAUUUGGGAUGCUGGCAGCCUCAGUGAAGGAGGACAAAGCUAAGUGUUCUGUUCCUUCAGUACAGAGGAUUACAAUAGAGAGCAGAGUGGGUUGUCAAAGGGUUUUUCUUCCCUGGCUUCAGACUUUACCUCAUGUGAAACCUGAAAGAGGAGAGGAGAGGAGAGGAGAGGAGAGGAGAGGAGAGGAGAGGAGAGGAGAGGAGAGGAGAGAAGGAGAGGAGGAGGGAGGGAGAGGAGAGAGGGGGAGGGAGGGAGGAGAGGAGAGGAGAGGAGAAGGGAGAGGAGAGGAGAGGAGGAGGGGGGGAGGGGGGGGAGGGAGAGGAGAGGGAGGAGGGGAAGGGAGAGGGGAGGAGAGGGAAGAGGCGAGGAAGGAGGGGAGAGGAGGAGGAGAGGAGAGGAGGGGAGGGGAGGGGAGGGGGGGAGGGAGGGAGGGAGGGAGGGAGGGGGGAGAGGAGAGGGAGGGAGGAGGGGACGGAGGGGGAGGAGAGGAGAGGAGGGAGGAGAGGAGAGGAGAGGAGGGGGAGAGGAGAGGAGAGGAAGGGAGAGGAGAGGAGAGGAGAGAGGGAGAAAUUGGAAAUAGGAAUGCCAUGAGGGGUUUGAGUGUUUAAUGUUAUCUUUGGUGUGUAGUGUCCGGAAUUGUCCGGAAGUGUCCGGUAGUGUCCUGAAGUGUCCGGUAGUUCUGGUAGUGUCCGGUAGUGUCCGGUAGUGUCCGGUAGUGUCCGGAAGUGUCCGGUAGUGUCCGGUAGUUGUGGUAGUGUCCGGAAGUGUCCGGUAGUGUCCGGUAGUGUCCUGAAGUGUCCGGUAGUGUCCGGUAGUGUCCGGUAGUUCUGGUAGUGUCCGGUAGUUCUGGUAGUGUCUUAGCUUUGUAUCCGUGUUUGUCUCAGAAAUUAAGUACACACAUACACCCCCCCACACACACACAACACACACCUAUACACACACCCUCUCACCCUGUCCCCUGGGUUUUCAGUCUGUUCUCCAGGGUUCUAUGGCCAGCGCUGCAGUCAGUCCUGUCCCGUCUCACCCUGUCUCCUGUGUUGCCAGCGCUGCAGUCAGUCCUGUCCCGUCUCAACCUGUCCCCUGGGUUUUCAGUCUGUUCUCCAGGGUUCUAUGGCCAGCGCUGCAGUCAGUCCCGUCUUACCCUGUCCUCUGUGUUUUAAGUCUGUUCUCCAGGGUUCUAUGGCCAGCGCUGCAGUCAGUCCUGUCCUCAGUGUAUCCACAGCGAUGGUCCCUGUCACCACAUCGCAGGGCACUGUGAGUGUCUGUCAGGAUUCUGUGGCUCUCUGUGUAACCAAGGUAAGUUUCUCUACUCUCUCUGCUCUCUCUGCUCGCUCUGCUUCAAACCACUUUCCACCAGUCACUGUUCUUUCUGCUCAAACCCCUUAGAGUCUCUGUUCUCUGUCUCUAGACCUGAUAUGACUAUUGGGAGAUAUGACAUAAUUCUCUGUUCUCUGUCUCUAGACCUGAAAUGACUAUUGGGAGAUAGGACAUACGUCUCUGUUCUCUCUGUUUUCACUCAGCCUGGACGCCAGAAAGUUUGUACUUUAGCCAACUCAUUUGUCCUACCUACAACAUUAAUUUGUCCUUUUUGUACGUUCAAUAGAUAUAUCAACACAACAUUACUUAUUUACAUAGUGUUACAUUCUGAACUACAUUCAGUCAUAAACCUGAAGCUGGGUCUCCUCCACGUCACAAGACAAGGAGCUGAUGCACAUCUUCAAGUCUCAGCCAAGGUUAUUCAUCUGGAGUGUGUGGCUUAAUCACGGAACCAUCUGUUGGGACAUAGAUCUAUUAGGACAUAGAUAUGUUAAUAUGACAUAUAUCUAUUAGGAUAUAGAUCUAUUAGGACAUAGAUCUGUUUAAAUGACAUAAAUCUGUUAAUAGGACAUAGAUCUGUUCUGACAUAGAUCUGUUCUGACAUAGAUCUGUUGAGACAUAGAUAUGUCAUAACAUAGAUCUGUUAUGACCGUUCCUCUCCCCUGCCUGGUCCACGGUGCUACAAAGCCCAUAGAGUGGUGAGGAGGAGGAGCUCUGAGGACCCUUUGUGUCCCGAAGUCAUUUAGCCAUUCAUUGUAGUCAUCUGCGAUCUGUACAGUUGCUAUUUUCUAAAGUUUUCUCAUGUCAGAUAACUCGUGACUCCUGGAUUAGUCAUUAUAUUAACAACAAAUACGAUGGUCAGUUUAAAAAAAGGUUAAGGGUUCAAGACUGUGUACGUAUCUGGCUGUGUUGGCAAAAUCACUACAUUUCCCAUGGAGCCAAGGGGGGAGUGGCUGCCCGUUGACACUGUUCCUAAGACCAGUCAGAAACGUCCAGCUAACCCUACGCCAAUGGCGCCGGUGAAUCUCAAAACUGAACUUGGACCUGCGUUAAGUAGCAAUGAUGUCCUUCGCCGCCUCCGUCGUCUUACAAAUCAAAUCAAAUCAAAUGCUAUUUGUUACAUAAACGUGUUUAGCAGAUGUUAUAGCGGGUGUAGCGAAAUGCUUGUGCUUCUAGCUCCGACAGUGCAGUAAUAUCUAACAAGUAAUAUCUAACAAUUUCACAACAUAUACCCAAUACACAUAAAUCUAAGUAAGGAAUGGAAUUUAAGAAUAUAUACAUACAGUGGGGAAAAAAAGUAUUUAGUCAGCCACCAAUUGUGCAAGUUCUCCCACUUAAAAAGAUGAGAGAGGCCUGUAAUUUUCAUCAUAGGUACACGUCAACUAUGACAGACAAAAUGAGAAAAAAAAAUCCAGAAAAUCACAUUGUAGGAUUUUUUAUGAAUUUAUUUGCAAAUUAUGGUGGAAAAUAAGUAUUUGGUCAAUAACAAAAGUUUCUCAAUACUUUGUUAUAUACCCUUUGUUGGCAAUGACACAGGUCAAACGUUUUCUGUAAGUCUUCACAAGGUUUUCACACACUGUUGCUGGUAUUUUGGCCCAUUCCUCCAUGCAGAUCUCCUCUAGAGCAGUGAUGUUUUGGGGCUGUUGCUGGGCAACACAGACUUUCAACUCCCUCCAAAGAUUUUCUAUGGGGUUGAGAUCUGGAGACUCCAGGACCUUGAAAUGCUUCUUACGAAGCCACUCCUUCAUUGCCCGGGCGGUGUGUGUUUGGGAUCAUUGUCAUGCUGAAAGACCCAGCCACGUUUCAUCUUCAAUGCCCUUGCUGAUGAAAGGAGGUUUUCACUCAAAAUCUCACGAUACAUGGCCCCAUUCAUUCUUUCCUUUACACGGAUCAGUCGUCCUGGUCCCUUUGCAGAAAAACAGCCCCAAAGUAUGAUGUUUUCACUCCCAUGCUUCACAGUAGGUAUGGUGUUCUUUGGAUGCAACUCAGCAUUCUUUGUCCUCCAAACACGACGAGUUGAGUUUUUACCAAAAAGUUAUAUUUUGGUUUCAUCUGACCAUAUGACAUUCUCCCAAUCCUCUUCUGGAUGCACUCUAGCAAACUUCAGACGGGCCUGGACAUGUACUGGCUUAAGCAGGGGGACACGUCUAGCACUACAGGAUUUGAGUCCCUGGCGGCGUAGUGUGUUACUGAUGGUAGGCUUUGUUACUUUGGUCCCAGCUCUCUGCAGGUCAUUCACUAGGUCCCCCGUGUGGUUCUGGGAUUUUUGCUCACCGAUCUUGUGAUCAUUUUGACCCCACGGGGUGAGAUCUUGCGUGGAGCCCCAGAUCGAGGGAGAUUAUCAGUGGUCUUGUAUGUCUUCCAUUUCCUAAUAAUUGCUCCCACAGUUGAUUUCUUCAAACCAAGCAGCUUACCUAUUGCAGAUUCAGUCUUCCCAGCCUGGUGCAGGUCUACAAUUUUGUUUCUGGUGUCCUUUGACAGCUCUUUGGUCUUGGCCAUAGUGGAGUUUGGAGUGUGACUGUUUGAGGUUGUGGACAGGUGUAUUUUAUACUGAUAACAAGUUCAAACAGGUGCCAUUAAUACAGGUAACGAGUGGAGGACAGAGGAGCCUCUUAAAGAAGAAGUUACAGGUCUGUGAGAGCCAGAAAUCUUGCUUUUUUGUAGGUGACCAAAUACUUAUUUUCCACCAUAAUUUGCAAAUAAAUUCAUAAAAAAUCCUACAAUGUGAUUUUCUGGAUUUUCUUUUCUCAAUUUGUCUGUCAUAGUUGACGUGUACCUAUGAUGAAAAUUACAGGCCUCUCUCAUCUUUUUAAGUGGGAGAACUUGCACAAUUGGUGGCUGACUAAAUACUUUUUUUCCCCACUGUAUAUGGACGAGCAAUGUCAGAGCAGCAUGGACUAAGAUACAGUAGAAUAUUAUAGAAUACAGUAUAUACAUAUGAGAUAUGCAAGAUAUGUAAACAUUAUUAAAGUGACUAGUGUUCCAUUUCUUAAAGUGGCCAGUGAUUUCAAUAGGCAGCAGCAGUCUCUAAUGUGCUACUGAUGGCUAUUUAACAGUCUGAUGGCCUUGAGAUAGAAGCUGUUUUUCAUUCUCUCUGUCCCAGCUUUGAUGCACCUGUACUGACCUCACCUUCUGGAUGAUAGCGGGGUGAUCUUUUUGGCCUUCCUCUGACAUCGGGUGCUGUAGGUGUCCUGGAGGGCGGGUAGUUUGCCCCCGGUAAUGCGUUCGGCAGACCGCACCACCCUCUGGAGAGCCCUGCGGUUGCGGGCGGUGCAGUUGCCAUACCAGGCGAUGAUACAGCCCGACAGGAUGCUCUCAAUUGUGCAUCUGUAAAGGUUUGUGAGGGUUUUAGGUGCCAAGACAAAUUUAUUCAGCCUCCUGAGGUUGAAGAGGCUCUGUUGCACCUUCUUCACCACGCUGUCUGCGUGGGUGGACCAUUUCAGUUUGUCAGUGAUGUGUACGCCAAGGAACUUGAAGCUUUCCACCUUCUCCACUGCGGUCCCGUCGAUGUGGAUAGGGGGGUGCACCCUCUGCUGUUUCCUGAAGUCCACGAUCAUCUCCUUUGUUUUGUUGAUGUUGAGUGAGAGGUUAUUUUCCUGGCACCACACUCCCAGAGCCCUCACCACCUCCAUGUAAGCUGUCUCGUAAUUGUUGGUAAUCAAGCCUACUACUGUUGUGUCAUCUGCAAACUUGAUGAUGGAGUUGGAGGCGUGCUUGGCCACGCAGUCAUGGGUGAACAGGGAGUACGGGGGGGGGGGGGGCUGAGCACGCACCCUUGUGGGGCCCCAGUGUUGAGGAUCAGCGAAGUGGAGAUGUUGUUUCCUACCUUCACCACCUGGGGGCGGCCCGUCAGGAAGUCCAGGACCCAGUUGCACAGGGCGUGGUUCAGACCCAGGGCCUCGAGCUUAAUGAUGAGCUUGGAGGGUACUAUGGUGUUGAACGCUGAGCUAUAGUCAAUGAACAGCAUUCUUACAUAGGUAUUCCUCUUGUCCAGAUGGGAUAGGGCAGUGUGCAGUGUGAUGGCGAUUGCAUCGUCUGUGGAUGUAUGGGGGCGGUAAGCAAAUUGAAGUGGGUCUAGGGUGACAGGUAAGGUAGAGGUGAUAUGAUCCUUGACUAGUCUCUCAAAGCACUUCAUGAUGACAGAGGUGAGUGCUACAGGGCGAUAGUCAUUUAGUUCAGUUACCUUUGCUUUCUUGGGUACAGGAACAAUGGUGGCCAUCUUGAAGCAUGUGGGAACAGCAGACUGGGAAAGGGAGAUAUUGAAUAUGUCCAUAAACACACCAGCCAGCUGGUCUGCGCAUGCUCUGAGGACGCGGCUAGGGAUACGGUCUGGGCCGGCAGCCUUGCGAGGGUUAACAUGCUUAAAUGUCUUACUCACGUCGGCUACGGAGAAGGAGAGCCCACAGUCCUUGGUAGUGGGCCGCGUCGGUGGCACUGUGUUAUCCUCAAAAGUGGGUGAAGAAGGUGUUUAGCUUGUCUGGAAGCGAGACGUCGGUGUCGGCGACGUGGCUGGUUUUCCUUUUGUAGUCCGUGAUUGUCUGUAGACCCUGCCACAUACGUCUUGUGCGACAGAUAUCUCAAACCAGUCAUGACUAUUCAACAAAACAAUGAAGCAAUACAUAAUUUUUAAGUUUUUGUUUCCAGCAAAUGUCUUAGUUACGUGAUUGUCGUUUUUAACUUUUGAAGUUGAGGGGGCAGUAUUUGUGAAGUUUGGCAAUGAGGACAAAAACUAGCAUAGUUCAGCUAGCCAGCUAGUUUAGCCAGCUAGUUUAGCCAGCUAGUUUAGCCAGCUCGGGCCCACUAAGCUAAUUCAGAUUGUAGUUUUUAUGCCCUGAUAUCAGGAGCUGGCGGUGAAAAGACUCCUCCUCCUCACCAUGGUAGACUCCUCCUCCUCACCACGGUAGACUCCUCCUCCUCACCACGGUAGACUCCUCCUCCUCACCACGGUAGACUCCUCCUCCUCACCACAGUAGACUCCUCCUCCUCACCACGUAGACUCCUCCUUCUCACCACUAGACUCCUCCUCCUCACCACGGUAGACUCCUCCUCCUCACCACGGUAGACUCCUCCUCCUCACCACGGUAGACUCCUCCUCCUCACCACAGUAGACUCCUCCUCCUCACCACGUAGACUCCUCCUCCUCACCACGGUAGACUCCUCCUCCUCACCACGGUAGACUCCUCCUCCUCACCACAGUAGACUCCUCCUCCUCACCAUGGUAGACUCCUCCUCCUCACCACGUAGACUCCUCCUCCUCACCAUGGUAGACUCCUCCUCCUCACCAUGGUAGACUCCUCCUCCUCACCAUGGUAAACUCCUCCUUCUCACCACGGUAGACUCCUCCUUCUCACCACGGUAGACUCCUCCUCCUCACCACAGUAGACUCCUCCUCCUCACCACGGUAGACUCCUCCUCCUCACCAUGGUAGACUCCUCCUCCUCACCACUCUAUAUAAAGUCUCAUCCAGAUUUAAAAUACAUAUUAAUUUUCCUAAUAAUGAAAUUAGAAAUGAAUUAGAAAGAGGCAAUGGGCAGAUAUAUAAUUCACUUUCAUGCCCUUCCCAGCCAUAGAGAUCCUAUUAAAUUACUAGAGGGGCUAUGUCAUAACCCUUCCCAGCCCUGUCUCAUAAAUAUAAGGACUAAUAUGUUAAAAUAGGGCUUUUAUAAAUGUUGCUCGUUUGUCAAGAAGACCUUAAUUAAGGGCUAGUUCAGUCACUCGGCAGUUGCCUCUGAAAAUGUUUGGCUUUUUAGGUCUACGUCGGUGGUCUCUCGUCCAAUACGAGACCUUCUGAGACGUUUUAAUCUUCCUGUUGAAGUAUGAAAGUUUGAGAUUAAUUGUGGGUUUAAAUCUAAUGCUCACAUGCAGAUGCAAGAUCAUGUUUGAGGCGCUUGAAAGAGCACUUCAGAGGAAGACAGCAGCAAAACCCUGAAAUAGAAUUAGACAAGAGUAAGAAGAGAGAGAAAUGAAAACUCCAAAUAUCCUUGAUGGCAGUUAGACUUCCCUCUCUUCUUCCUCCUCCUCCUCCUCCUCUGACCUAAUCCUCCUCCCCCUCCUCUUCCUCCUCCCUCCUCCUCCUCCUCCUCCUCCUCCUCCUCCUCUUCCUCCUCCUCUGACCUAAUCCUCCUCCUCUUCCUCCUCCUCUGACCUAAUCCUCCUCCUCUUCCUCCUCCUCUGACCUAAUCCUCCUCCUCUUCCUCUUCCUCUUCCUCCUCCUCUUCCUCAUCUUCCUCCUCCUCCUCUUCCUCCUCCUCCUCUUUUCUCUGCCAAAAGAAACUUUUCUUUCAACAUUCGGAUUCAUUUAUCAGUUUGUUCUAACAGAGUCCCUAUCCUUGUGUGGCGGUCCCCCCUCCCCUCCCUGGCAGGUUAAAACACUGUUCAUUCCUGGUGAAAGAAUAGCCUGCCCAAGGUUCUGUUCCAAGGUUCCGUAGGUUCCAAAUGGAAUCUUAAAUUAAAGAGAGGACAGUGGUGGGGGGGGGCAGGUGAAAUAUUCAUUGUCAUUAAAAAUGCACAGUCAAGCUGCAGUGUUAAUGCUGACCCUAUCCUAUCCUAUCCUAUCCUACAUUAACCAUUCUGCACCGCAUCUACAGGCUGGACAGACGGAUCAUUGGAGAAGCUCAAUAAAUCACUGGCUGAGUCCCAGGGUCCACAGGGCUCUGGUUAACAGUAGUGCACUAUAGAGGGAAUAGGGUGCCAUUUGGGAUGCAGACUAGAUCCCCUUCUUUAGAGGCCAUGGAUUAGAAAUGAACCCUUUAAAACGCCCGCAUGACCUCCUCCUUCCUGUUCUUUUUAUUUAUAUAGCACUUAGCAGACGCCUCUAUCAACAGAAACGUAGAGUACAGUCAGUGGAUGCAUUUUACCUGGAUGUUUAUUUAACCUUUGUGUGUGUGUGUGUGGGUCCCUGUGGGAAUUGAACCCACAUCCACGACCUUGGUGUUGUUGAUGCCACACAGAACUGCAUCUUCUCUGAUGUAAGGUAGAUAAUGGAUUGGAUAUAUAUAGUUAUUUCCAUAUGUUCAAAAUAGAUGAGAAAUGGUUUUGGUACAUGUUGUAGGCUACAUUCUGUAGAGGAUGUUUCAGUAUGAUGUGCUUCGAUACUGUGAGUCAUAGUACUGUUUGUCGGUUAGUCUCUAUGACGUGUGUGUGUGUGUGUGUGUGUGUGUGUGUGUGUGUGCAUACAUCUCUGUGUAUCCCUCCUUCAUAUUUAACGUGUGUGUGUGUGUGUGUGUGAAUGUGUGUGUAUGUACAGUGCAUUCGGAAAGUAUUCAGACCCCUUGACUUUUUCCACAUUUUGUUACGUUACAGCCUUAUUCUAAAAUGGAUUCAAUAUUUUUUCCCCCUCAUCAAUCUACCCACAAUACCCCAUAAUGACAAAGGGAAAACAGAUUUUUAGACAUUUUUGCAAAUGUAUAAACAAUAAAAACGGAAAUACCUUAUUUACAUAAGUAUUCAGACCCUUUGCUAUGAGACUCGAAAUUGAGCUCAGGUACAUCAUGUUUCCAUUGAUCAUCCUUGAGAUGUUUCUACAACUCGAUUGGAGUCCACCUGUGGUCAAUUCAAUUGAUUGGACAUGAUUUGGAAAGGCACACACCUGUCUAUAUAAGGUCCCACAGUUGACAGUGCAUGUCAGAGCAAAAACCAAGCCAUGAGGUCAAAGGAAUUGUCCGUAGAGCUCCGAGACAGGAUUGUGUCGAGGCACAGAUCUGGGGAAGGGUACCAAAAAAUGUCUGCAGCAUUGAAGGUCUCCAAGAACACAGUGGCCUCCAUCAUUCUUAAAUGGAAGAAGUUUGGAACCACCAAGACUCUUCCUAGAGCCAAACUGAGCAAUCGGGGAAGAAGGGCCUUGGUCAGAGAGGUGACCAAUAACCCAAUGGUCACUCUGACAAAGCUCCAGAGUUCCUCUGUGGAGAUGGGAAAACCUUCCAGAAGGACAACCAUCUCUGCAGCACUCCACCAAUCAGGCCUUUAUGGUGGAGUGGCCAGACAGAAGCCACUCCUCAGUAAAAGGCACAUGACAACCAGCUUGGAGUUUGCCAAAAGGCACCUAAAGACUCUCAGACCAUGAGAAACAAUAUUCUCUGGUCUGAUGAAACCAAGAUUGAAUGCCAAGCGUCACAUCUGGAAGAAACCUGGCACCAUCCCUACGGUGAAGUAUGGUAGUGGCAGCAUCAUGCUGGGGGGAUGUUUUUCAGCGGCAGGUACUGGGAGACUAGUUAGGAUCGAGGGAAAUAUGAACAGAGCAAAGCACAGAGAAAUCCUUGAUGAAAACCUGCUACAGUGCGCUCAGGACCUCAGACUGGGGAGGUUCACCUUCCAACAGAACAACGACCCUAAGCCAAGGCAACGCAGGAGUGGCUUCGGGACAAGUCUCUGAAUGUCCUUGAGUGGCCCAGCCAGAGCCCGGACUUGAACCUGAUCGAACAUCUCUGGAGAGACCUGAAAAUAGCUGUUCAGCGACGCUCCCCAUCCAACCUGACAGAGCUUGACAGGAUCUGCAGAGAGGAAUGGGAGAAACCACCCAAAUACAGGUGUGCCAAGCUUGUAGCGUCAUAACCAAUAAUUCCCGAGGCUGUAAUCGCUGCCAAAGGUGCUUCAACAAAGUACUGAGUAAAGGGUCUGAAUACUUAUGUAAAUAAGGUAUUUCUGUUUUUUAUUUUUAAUACAUUUGCAAAAAAUGUCUAAAAUCUGUUUUCGCUUUGUCAUUAUGGGGUAUUGUGUGUAGAUUGAUGACGACAAUGUUUUAUAUAAUCCAUUUUAGAAUAAAGCUGUAACGUGACAAAAUGUGGAAGAAGUCUGAAUACUUUCUGAAAGCACUGUAUAUGUAUAGUUGUUAUAUAUACAGUACCAGUCAAAAGUUUUAGAACACCUACUCAUUCAAGGGUUUUUCUUUAUUUUUUACUAUUUUCUACAUUGUAGAAUAAUAGUGAAGACAUCAAAAAUAUGAAAUAUAUUCCGUAUGAAAUAACACAUAUGGAAUCAUGUAGUAACCCAAAAAGUGCUAAAAAAAUCAGAAUAUAUUUUAUAUUUGAGAUUCUUCAAAGUAGCCACCCUUUGCCUUGAUGACAGCUUUGCACACUCUUGGCAUUCUUUCAACCAGCUUCAUGAGGUAGUCACCUGGAAUGCAUUUCAAUUAACAGGUGUGCCUUGUUAAAAGUUAAUUUGUGGAAUUUCUUUAUUUCUUAAUUUGUUUGAGUCAAUCAGUUGUGUUGUGACAAGGUAGGGGUGGUAUACAGAAGAUAGCCCUAUUUGGUAAAAGACCAAGUCCAUAUUAUGGCAAGAACAGCUCAAAUAAGCAAAGAGAAGUGACAGUCCAUCAUUACUUUAAGACAUGAAGGUCAGUCAAUCCAGAACAUUUCAAGAACUUUUUGAAAGUUUCUUCAACUGCAGUCGCAAACACCAUAAAGCGCUAUGAUGAAACUGGCUCUCAUGAGGACCGCCACAGGAAAGGAAGACCCAGAGUUACCUCUGCUGCAGAGGAUAAGUUAAUUAGACUUACCAGCCUCAGAAAUUGCAGCCCAAAUAAAUGCUUCACAGAGUUCAAGUAACAGACACAUCUCAACAUCACCUGUUCAGAGGAGACUGUGUGAAUCAGGUCUUCAUGGUCGAAUUGCAGCAAAGAAACCCCUACUAAAGGACACCAAUAAUAUGAAGAGACUUGCUUAGGCCAAGAAACACGAGCAAUGGACAUUAGACCGGUGGAAAUCUGUCCUUUGGUUUGAUGAGUCCAAAUUUGAGAUUUUUGGUUCCAACCGCUGUGUCUUUGUGAGACGCAGAGUAGGUGAACGGAUGAUCUCCACAUGUGUGGUUCUCACCGUGAAGAAUGGAGGAGGAGGUGUGAUGGUGUGGGGUGCUUUGCUGGUGAUACUGUCAGUGAUUUAUUUGGAAUUCAAGGCACACUUAACCAGCAUGGCUACCACAGCAUUCUGCAGCGAUACGCCAUCCCAGCUGGUUUGCAGUUAGUGGGACUAUCAUUUGUUUUUCAACAGGAGAAUGACCCAACACACCUCCAGGCUGUUUAAGGGCUAUUUGACCAAGAUGGAGAGUGAUGGAGUGCUGCAUCAGAUGACCUGGCCUCCACAAUCCCCCGACCUCAACCCAAUUGAGAUGGUUUGGGAUGAGUCGGACGGCAGAGUGAAGGAAAAGCAGCCAACAAGUGCUCAGCAUAUGUGGGAACUCCUUCAAGACUGUUGGAAAAGCAUUCCAGGUGAAGCUGGUUGAGAGAAUGCCAAGAGUGUGCAAAGCUGUCAUCAAGGCAAAGGGUGGCCACUUUGAAGAAUCUCAAAUAUAAAAUAUAUUUUGAUUUGUUUAACGCUUUUUUGGUUACUACAUGAUUCCAUAUGUGUUAUUUCCUAGUUUUGAUGUCUUCACUAUUAUUCUACAAUGUAGAAAAUAGUAAUAAUAAAGAAAAUCCCUUGAAUGAGUAGGUGUUGUCCAAACUUUUGACUGGUACGGUAUUGAUAGUUAUAUAUGGUUUGAAUACAUUCUGAAUGCACUGUGUGUGUGUCAGUGUGUCCCAGUGGCAGGUAUGGGAAGGGCUGUGCUGAGGUGUGUAUGUGUACCAACAACGGGACCUGUAACCCCAUCGAUGGCUCCUGUCAGUGCUACCCAGGAUGGAUCGGAGAGGACUGCUCUAAGGGUAGGAGCUCCCUGACCAAGAAACUACUACUCUCUCUCUCUCUCUCUUUGUCUCGGUCUCUUAUCUGUAUCUUCUAUCUGUAUCUAUAUUACUGCAUCUAUCUAUAUAUCUAUAUAUAUUUCUCUUGUAUAUCUGUUUUUAAUCUUGUCAUCUCUCUAUUAUAUCUCUAUUGGUGUUCUCUGUUCUCUCUAUCUAUGUUCUAUCUGUAUCUGUAUCUCUCUCUGUCUCUCUAUCUCUCUGUAUCAUAUAUGUCUCUACUCUCUGUCUCUGUCUUCUCUAUGUCUCUGUCUAGUCUCUCUAUUCUGUAUCUCUCUCUUCUCUCUAUCUCUCUCUGUCUCUCUCUUGUUCUCUGUCUCUGUAUCUCUGUCUCUCUCUGUUCUCUCUCUAUCUCUGUCUCUCUCUCUCUCUUAUGUCUAUCUCUACUGUCUCUUGUAUCUGUUCUCUCUGCUCUAUGUCUCUCUCUCUCUGUCUCUGUAUUUCUUGUUCUUCUCUGUCUCUUGUCUCUGUCUCUCUCUCUCUCUCUUGUCUCUCUCUCUCUGCUCUCUCUCUCUGUCCUUUAUCUCUGUUCUCUCUCUCUUCUCUGUCUCUCUCUCGUCUCUGGUUCUCUCUCUCUCUCUCUGUUCUCUCCCUCUCUGGGUCUCUCUGUCUUCUCUUCUCUCUCUCUCUUCUCUCUCUUCUCCUCUGUCUCUCUCUCUGUCUCUCUCUCUGUCUCUCUCUUCCUCUCUGUCUCUCUCUCUCCUCCUGUCUACUCUCUCUCUCUGUGUCUCUCUGUCUCUUCUCUCUCUCUCUCUCUCUCUCUCUCGAUCUCUGUCUCUCUCUCUUGUUCUCUCUCUCUGUCUCUCUCUCUCUCGGUCUGUCUCUCUCUCUCUCUCUCUGUCUCUCUCUCUCUCUCUGUCUCUCUCUCUCUGAUGUAGAUAAAAAAGUAAAUAUGAUAACAAUCCAUUCUGUAUACACCAGAGCCAGGACAUCAAUCCAGACUGACUGUCCUCUGAUCUACUGUAGUACUGACUGUAUUCCUGACUGUCCUCUGAUCUACUGUAGUACUGACUGUAUUCCUGACUGUCCUCUGUUCUACUGUAGUACUCACUGUAUUCCUGACUGUCCUCUGAUCUACUGUAGUACUGACUGUAUUCCUGACUGUCCUCUGAUCUACUGUAGUACUGACUGUAUUCCUGACUGUCCUCUGAUCUACUGUAGUACUGACUGUAUUCCUGACUGUCCUCUGAUCUACUGUAGUACUCACUGUAUUCCUGACUGUCCUCUGAUCUACUGUAGUACUCACUGUAUUCCUGACUGUCCUCUGUUCUACUGUAGUACUGACUGUAUUCCUGACUGUCCUCUGAUCUACUGUAGUACUGACUGUAUUCCUGACUGUCCUCUGAUCUACUGUAGUACUGACUGUAUUCCUGACUGUCCUCUGAUCUACUGUAGUACUCACUGUAUUCCUGACUGUCCUCUGAUCUACUGUAGUACUGACUGUAUUCCUGACUGUCCUCUGAUCUACUGUAGUACUCACUGUAUUCCUGACUGUCCUCUGAUCUACUGUAGUACUGAGUGUAUUCCUGACUGUCCUCUGAUCUACUGUAGUACUCACUGUAUUCCUGCCUUAGAGAUGGAGACAUGGGUUAUUUAAGGAUAGAUAGAGGAUAGAUGGAUGCAGUGCUACUUAUCCAGUCCACUCUUUUGAAGAACUGUAAUCAUUAAUAUUCAGUCAAAGAUGGGCUAUGGUCAUGAGAGACAUACAGCACGAGGUUGUUAGUUGGUGUGUUAUUAGACAUGAGAGGUAGAGUGUGUGUGUUUGUUGUAGAGUCUGACUGUGUGUAUCAAAGUCUAACAGUGUGUGUUGUCCACAGUGUGUCCUCAGGGUGCGUGGGGUCCAGACUGCAUCCAUACCUGUAACUGUCACAACGGGGCUCAGUGCAGCGCUACAGACGGACAGUGUAGCUGCAGCGCAGGGUGGAGCGGACUCUACUGUACACAACGUGAGUCAACGUAGACCUACACCACCUCCUAGUGGCAGAUCAGUGUCAUGACAUAACCUACAGACAUACACCACCUAGUGGUAUAUCAGUGUCAUUACAUGUGUGUGUGUGUGUACGGAGGUGUGUGUGUGUGACGUGUGUGUCUCUUUCCUUCAGGUUGCAGUUCAGGGUUCUUUGGUCCAUCCUGCUCCGAGGUGUGUCGCUGUCAGAACGGAGCGGACUGUGACCACAUCACUGGUCAGUGCUCCUGUCGGACCGGAUUCAUCGGACACAGCUGUGAACUCAGUGAGUCCAUCCCAACACUAACUGUGUGUGUGUGUGUGCGUGUGUGUGUGCGCACGUGUGUGUGUGUGCGUGCGUGUGUGCACCUGACUGAAUGUGUGUGUGUGUGUGUGUGUGUGUGUAGUGUGAGUGUGUGUGUGUGUGUAGUGUGUGUAUAUUGUCUACUAACUCUUCCGCUCCCUCUCAGAGUGUCCUCCUGGUACGUUUGGCUACGGCUGUCAGCAGCUGUGUGAGUGUAUGAACAACGCCACCUGUGACUAUGUGACUGGGACCUGCUACUGCAGCAGCGGCUACAAGGGCAUCCGCUGUGACCACGGUAAGUCUGUGUCUGUGUCUGUGUGUCUGUGUCUGUGUGUGUCUGUGUCUGUGUCUGUGUCUGUGUGUCUGUGUCUGUGUCUGUGUCUGUGUGUCUGUGUGUCUGUGUCUGUGUGUCUGUGUCUGUGUGUGUCUGUGUCUGUGUGUCUGUGUCUGUGUCUGUGUCUGUGUGUCUGUGUGUCUGUGUCUGUGUCUGUGUGUCUGUGUCUGUGUGUCUGUGUGUCUGUGUGUCUGUGUCUGUGUCUGUGUGUCUGUGUCUGUGUGUCUGUGUCUGUGUCUGUGUCUGUGUGUCUGUGUGUCUGUGUCUGUGUCUGUGUGUGUCUGUGUGUGUCUGUGUGUGUGUGUGUGUGUGUCAAUGUGUCUGUGUGUCUGUGUCUGUGUGUGUCUGUGUGUGUGUCUGUGUCUGUGUCUGUGUGUCUGUGUCUGUGUGUGUCUGUGUGUCUGUGUCUGUGUGUGUGUGUGUCUGUGUGUGUGUGUGUGUGUCAAUGUGUCUGUGUGUCUGUGUCUGUGUGUCUGUGUCUGUGUGUCUGUGUGUGUGUCAAUGUGUCUGUGUGUGUGUCAAUGUGUCUGUGUGUCUGUGUGUGUGUGUGUUUGUGCAUGUUUGUGACUGCUGACCGAUGUGCAAGGUGGACAGAGUUUACACUUUUGGGACUAUUCUAUUUGUUCCAUUUUAUUCGGCAAGCUUUAUCCUGCACACCUCGUGUUUUUUGAGAAUGUGUGAUCAUAUCACAGCAUGUAUUCCAUCCAGGUCUGGUGUUUUAUCUGUGUAUUAAUGGCGAUGCUGUGGUAGUGUUGACGUUUUUUCGUUUCAUAUAAAUAUGUCUCUUUUCCAGCUGCCCUGAUGAUGGACGAGCUGAACCCCUACACUAAGAUCAGCCCAGCCUUGGCAUCAGAGCGCCAGUCGGCGGGCGCUGUCAUGGGCAUCAUCUUCCUCCUCCUCUUCAUCGUGACCAUGUUGGGGGUGGUGGUGUGGUGGCGCCGGCAUCAGCAGAGAGAGAAAGGAGGGCAGCACAUGGCCAGUGUGUCCUACAGCCCCGCCCUGAGGAUCAGCAGCCAGGGCUACUCCCUCUCUGGUGAGACGUUCCGUCAGUCAGGGGUUUACAAAUGUUUACUAUGGUGUUGUUAAGUCUUUAUCCACAGGACUGGACCCUCUCCGCAGCACUGUCUCUUUACAGUGUGGACUCCCUCCACAGCACUGUACUCCCUCCACAGCACUGUACCCCCCCUCCACAGCACUGUACCCCCCCUCCACAGCACUGUACCCCCCCUCCACAGCACUGUACCCCCCCUCCACAGCACUGAACCCCCCCCUCCACAGCACUGGACCCCCCCCUCUACAGCACUGUUACCCCCCUCCACAGCACUGUACCCCCCUCCACAGCACUGAACCCCCCCUCCACAGCACUGGACCCCCCCUCUACAGCACUGUACCCCCCUCCACAGCACUGUACCCCCCCUCCACAGCACUGUACCCCCCUCCACAGCACUGUACCCCCCUCCACAGCACUGUCUCUUUAAAUUCGGGGGUGAUAUAACUGAACUCUCUUUUCAUCUAGAUCCUCCUCUCUCUUGCUGUUUGUGUUCUCAGCAAACUUAGCUACCUGAUGAAACCUCUUUUUUUUCCCCAGCCAUGUAUUGAAAAUAUCCCGAUGGAGCUGUGUGUUUUUUGCGUUUGCUUGCGUGCUCGCACAUGUGAGUGUGUGUGUGUGUGUGUGUAUCUAGAGUCCUGUGCUGUUAUCUGGUGUUUCCGUGGUGAGCAGGGCUUCAGGGUUCAGUCUUGCUCUCCUGUCUAGAUUCAUCUCCUAGCAACAGCAACGCCAGUCGUUGUUUCACUAACCCCUCCUACCACACUAUGGGACCAUGCUCAUCUCCUACCAACAGCAACGCCAGUCGUUGUUUCACUAACCCCUCCUACCACACUAUGGGACCAUGUACCUACGCUGGCCACUAUGCCAAGCCUGACGAGAAGACAAGGAGGGCCAAGGUGGGUGGCAACGAACCUUAACUUGAUUUAUGCUUAGAGUACAUGCAUGUAACUGCCAAAAUAAAGGAAACACAGACAUAAAGUGUCUUAAUAGGGCGUUGUGCCACCGCGAGGCAGAACGGCUUCAGUGCACCUUGGCAUAGAUUCUACCAGUGUCUGGAACUCUAUCGGAGGGAUGCGACACCAUUCUUCCGCGAGAAAUUCAAUCGUUUGGUGUUUUGUUGAUGGUGGUGGAAAUCUCUGUCUCAGGCGCCGCUCCAGAAUUUCCCAGAAGUGUUCAAUUGGGUUGAGAUCUGGUGACUGAGACGGCCGUGGCAUAUGGUUUACAUCGUUUUCACGCUCAUCAAACCAUUCAGUGACCACUCGUGCCCUGUGGAUGGGGGCAUUGUCAUCCUAUGGGGUAUAGCCAUGGUAGCAAAAAGCUACUUUUGCUAUGUUAAUUGCUUAACUAGCUCAGGAACCACACCUGUGUGGAAGCACCUGCUUUCAAUAUACUUGAUAUCCCUCAUUUACUCAAGAGUUUCCAUUAUUUUGGCAUUUACCUGUACAUUCUCCAAAAAACAUGGGUCUUUUUAUUUGUCUGUUCUUUGUGUGCUUUUUCUCUGGAGAAUAACUGGAAAUGGAAUUAGUUUAGUUUAUUAAGAUCUCCAUUAGCUGUUUCACUUGCAGUAGCUACUCUUCCUGGGGUCCACAGUCUGUCUGUCUGUCUGUCUGUGUUUCCUUCCCAGGUGAAGGACAAGAGGUUGAACAGGAAUAGCGCUCCAGAGUGGGCGACCUACUAUAACCUCAAUGAACUGGGUAUGUCUGAUGACUUCCUUAUAAACCCAUUGUAAAUACAAGUAGAAUUUGGGAUUGUUUAACAAAACAUUAGGAACACCUGCUGUAUAGAUGGCCAUUUACACUGACUGGACAAAACAUUAGGAACACCUGCUGUAUAGAUGGCCAUUUACACUGAGUGGACAAAACAUUAGGAACACCUGCUGUAUAGAUGGCCAUAUACACUGAGUGGACAAAACAUUAGGAACACCUGCUGUAUAGAUGGCCAUAUACACUGACUGUACAAAACAUUAGGAACACCUGCUGUAUAGCUGACCAUAUACACUGAGUGGACUAAACAUUAGGAACACCUGCUGUGUAGCUGGCCAUAUACACUGACUGUACAAAACAUUAGGAACACCUGCUGUAUAGAUGGCCAUAUACACUGAGUGGACAAAACAUUAGGAACACCUGCUGUAUAGCUGACCAUAUACACUGACUGUACAAAACAUUAGGAACACCUGCUGUAUAGCUGGCCAUAUACACUAAGUGGACAAAACAUUAGGAACACCUGCUGUAUAAUGGCCAUAUACACUGAGUGGACAAAACAUUAGGAACACCUGCUAUAUAAUGGCCAUAUACAAGUUUCCUCUAAACACAGUCUGAUUAAUCUGUCCCUUUAACAUCUCUGUAGGUGUGUACUGUGUAGACAGGCGCUACAGCUCCUACCAUGAGCAGUAUUACAGAGGUAGAGUAUGAGACUCAACUAUGUCCAUUAUAACAAGGUCCUUAUGAAGAGGACCUGUCCCAUAUAACAUAGUUGUUGUCUGUGUUACCCAAAGACUUUCCUGCACUGAAGUGUGUGAGUGCAUGUGUGCUGUGCGUAUGUUUGUGUCAGAGUAUGUCAGCGGAGCAGAGCUGGAGUGGCGCGAGGAGCGGAGCGUGCCCAGUUUGACUGGAGCGCGGAGCGAGUUUCCCCAAAGGCUGGAGCGUCGGCGUUCUCGCCCGCUCCAAUUUCGCUCCAGUACCGCUCCAGUAGCGCUGGGCGUGCCCGGCCCAGCAUGCAUUUGUAGUCUACUUGUGUGCUGCUAUAGCCCCUUGCUUUAGCUACCGCCAUGGAGUUCACUAAAUAUUGUCAUAAAGAAACUGAUAAAACACACAGGUGCUGAAUCACUUACAAAGAUGAGGACCAAGAGCAAGAGAGGGAGUGUGGUAGAUAACUAAGUGUGUCAUUGUAGCAAAGUAUUUAUAAACAAGAAAUCAGAUGUCUUAAAAGUUUCGUUCAUUUUCGUUCUAUUAUCUAUACAAUAGGCUGUCAUUGAUUUGAGGACAGCUUUGCACACUCUUGGCAUUCUCUCAACCAGCUUCACCUGGAAUGCUUUUCCAACAGUCUUGAAGGAGUUCCCACAUAUGCUGAGCACUUGUUGGCUGCUUUUCCUUCACUCUGCAGUCCAACUCAUCCCAAACCAUCUCAAUUGGGUUGAGGUCAGGUGAUUUGGUCAUCUGAUGCAGCACCAUCACUCUCCUUUGUCAAAUAGCCCUUACACAGCCUGGAGGUGUGUUUUGGGUCAUUGUCCUGUUGAAAAACAAAUGAUAGUCCCACUAAGCCCAAACCAGAUGGGAUGGCGUAUCGCUGCAGAAUGCUGUGGUAGCCAUGCUGGUUAUGUGUGCCUUGAAUUCUAAACAAAUCACCGACAGUGUCACCAGCAAAGCACCCCCACACCAUCACACCUCUUCCUCCAUGCUUCACGGUGGGAACCACACAUGCGAAGAUCAUCCAUUCACCUACUCUGUGUCUCACAAAGACACGGCGGUUGGAACCAACAAUCUCAAAUUUGGACUCAUCAGACCAAAGGACAGAUUUCCACCGGUCUAAUGUCCAUUGCUCGUGUUUCUUGGCCCAAGCAAGUCUCUUCUUCUUAUUGGUGUCCUUUAGUAGUGGUUUCAUUGCAAUAAUUCGACCAUGAAGGCCUGAUUCACGCAGUCUCCUCUGAACAGUUGAUGUUGAGAUGUGUCUGUUACUUGAACUGUGAAGCAUUUAUUUGGGCUGCAAUCUGAGGUGCCAGUUUCAUCAUAGCGCUUGAUGGUUUUUGCGACUGCACUUGAAGAAACGUUCAACGUUUUUGAAAUGUUCCAGAUUGACUGACCUUCAUGUCUUAAAAUAAUGAUGGACUGUCGUUUCUCUUUGCUUAUUUGAGCUGUUCUUGCCAUAAUAUGGACUUGGUCUUUUACCAAAUAGGGAUAUCUUCUAUAUACCCUCCCUACCUUGUCACAACACAACUGAUUGGCUCAAACGCAUUAAGAAGGAAAUAAAUUCCACAAAUUAACUCUUAAGAAGGCACGCCUGUUAAUUGAAAUGCAUUCCAGGUGACUACCUCAUGAAGCUGGUUGAGAGAAUUCCAAGAGUGUGCAAAGCUGUCAUCAAGGCAAAGGGUGGCUACUUUAAAGAAUCUCAAAUAUAAAAUAUAUUUUGAUUGAGCGGGAUUUCCGACCGCUCCUCUCCGCUCACAUACUCUGGUUUGGAUAUAAACCGAUGUGUAUGAGCUGAUGUGUGUGCAUAAACCUCUGUGUGUUUUGACCUCUGUGUGUCUCUCUCUCCACAGGGCACGCUUUUGAUCUCCUCCUCCUCUGUAUGUGUUCCUUCCUCCUGAUGGUUUCACACACUCCUCUCUCCUCUCUCCUCCUCCCUCUCGCUCAUCCUCCGGGCCUCACUCCUCUCCUCUGGUACCAUCCUCUCUCGCAGAGCUCUCUCCUCUCCUCUCUCCUCUCCUCUUCCUCCUCUCCUCUCUCCCGAGCCGCUCACCCGCUCCAACAGAUAACGUCCUCGACACGUCAUGACGAUGACACGCUCCAGUCCGACCAUCGAGCUCCAGACAACGAAAGAGCCUCAUGAGCACACGAACCGCUACACUCGUAUCAAUACUCAUCUCCUGCCCACUCCCUCUCCCACUCCUCUCAUCUUCCUCCCCUCUCCUCUUCCUCCUCCUCUCUCCUCCCCCUCCCUCUCUCUCCUCCCUCGCCUUACCUCACUCUUAGUCCCACUUAUUUUGAUUCUUUCUAACUCCUACUAAUCUGUAAGCUUUUCCUUGUCAUUUAUCCUGUUACUCUGUGCGUUUCAAAUAUGUAAACACAAGCUGUCAGGGAAACAGUUUUUAUUGUCUUAUCAGGGAAAUGCUACUAUAUGUGAUGCUGGUCCUGUGUCAUUUCGUACUCUGUGGGUUUUCAAAUAUGUAUUUUACACAGGUUGUCAGUGGAUAAUAGUUUUUACUUGUCUUACCUCCUGGGCUAGAAUGGUAAUGUGAUGUUGUAUUCGUCUCCCAAUGUUGAUAUGAUGAAUGCGUUGAAAGGCUGACAGUGUCAUCGCUGAUGUCAGAAUCCUUAACUAACAGAUAACAGAAUAACAAGCCCCUUUGUAAGUGUUCUUUCUUCCUGCUUCUCUGUUUGUUCUUUCUCUUUGUCAGACUACAUGAAGGGUUCGCUGUCCAGCACCUGCUCUCUGAACAGCGAGAACCCCUACUCCACCAUUAAUGACCCACUGGCCGUGGCCUGUAAACACUCAGAGAGCAGCUACGUAGAGAUGAAGAGUCCUGCCCACCAGGAGAUGUCCUACUGCCCCUCUGCUGUAGUCACCACCGCCACACACACCGCCAGUAAGAACGUCUAUGACGUGGGUGAGUUAUAGGGGGAUGUAGGGUCAUCGACGUCCCCUUAGCUCUGGACGAGUUGAGAUCAUGAGGAAGAUGAAUUGGUUUUUCUGUUUAACUGACUGGCUAUCUGUCUGUUGUCUCGGUCUGUUGUCUCUGUCUGUUGUCUCUGUCUCUGUCUCUCUGUCUGAGGGGGUUAUUGUGGAGGGCACUUGUAUGAAGUGUUUGAAUGAUCACUUUUGGAUUUGUCAGAAAAGUUAACCUCUCUAUCUCUCCAUUCCCCUAUCUCUAUCCCUCCAUUCCCCUAUCUCUAUCUCUCCAUUCCCCUAUCUCUAUCUCUCCAUUCCCCUAUCUCUAUCCCUCCAUUCCCCUAUCUCUAUCUCUCCAUUCCCCUAUCUCUCCAUCCUCCCUUUAGAACCCAUGGUGAGCGUUCUCCAGGAUUCUAAAGGUGUGGUGGUUCCCACGUACCCUCAGAACCCUUACGACCUCCCCAGGAACAGCCACAUCCCCAGCCACUACGACCUGCUGCCCCUGAGACACAGCCAGAGCUACAGCCCCACACACAACCAGGGCCACAGCCACCACAGCCCACCCCUGCCCGGCAGCCCCACCAGCUCCCUGCUAUAG